GGGUCCUGCUCACUGUAUUGUGCCAAUCACCAACCGUGAGUAUGGAGUCCAUUGCUCCCCUUCUCGAAGCCGCCAGUCUCUUACAACGAGAGGUGCGAAUAACUUCAUCCGUAUUUGACGUGUUGUUUGAACUUGACCUUUAAGCUCCCUCGCAUCAACUACUUGCUUGAUUUUGCAGAGCAAUUUGAUCGCUUUCGGAGAAGCCAGGAAGCUAUGGCUUCAGCCCUCGGGGCUCUUAUUGAAUCGCUUCAACAAUCAAUGAACUCGCAUCGCAGUCUGAAUGACCAGAUACUCCAGCAACAGAGCGUAAUCCUUGCUCGUCUCUCGAAUAUCGAGGAUUCUUUACAGAAUCUACAGGACCAGAGUGUGGUUGCCACUACAGACACAAAUUAUACUCAUUCUACACCUCAACGUCCAUCACCUCGUACGCCAAUGGCGUCCGUUCAUCCUGAGCGCCCAUUAAGCUCUAUUGUAAAUGGUGGCAGCGCGACGGGGGUUGGUGCUGCACAACAUGAAGCACUUGAAGCACCACAUACGCCUAGCCGAGGCCCAGUCGAUAUUGCGGCUGCGGCAUACCCCACCCCAACUCCCUCCUUGGCGAAUGGUGCCCAGGUUGACUCAGUCGGCCUGAGCGGUACAUUUGAGCUACCCUCCUCGCCGACUAAUUCUUCGUCCAUCUCAAGCGGCACUCACAGACCUGGCUCCUUCGCCUCGCAUUCUGGUCCUCAGCUGCCCGUUGAUUCCGAUAGCAAUACACCCCCACCCUACUCCGAAGGUAGCCAGGCCCAAACUCCAGAUCACGGAGGAUUUUCAGCAACACCACAACCAUCCACUCCGACCUCAAUUGCCCUUUCACAUGUGCAAUUGCCAUUCUCAUCUCUUCCCGAGCCCCAGCGCCUUGUGGUGGAGUGUGUACGGGAGUUGAUGCGCAAGGACACUAACGCACGAGGAGUCCACGUGAACGAUAUUAUUUGGGCGCUGAAGGACAGUGUCGGCGAGUGGACGGCUGAGUCUUUUCUUGACGCAUUUGACGUCGCUGAAGACCUCAGGUUGAUUGAGAGUCUUGAUGACGAUGCGGAGCGAUAUGUUGCCCUCCCCGAGGAAUUGCCCAGUCCAGCAUGACUUACGCCUCUAAUCUGUCGCCAUUUGUAUGCUUUAUGUCAUUUAUCUUACCUAGGAACAUCAGCAUCAGCCAUUUUCAUCCAUACCAACGUCCGCUCCUCGACUCAGACGUUGUAGCACCAGAGUUGUGGAUAGCACUUAUUCAAAAAUUUGCUUGCGCUGCUUGUAAACGAUUUUUAUUUUGGGUGCCUGGCAACAGCCGCUUGUAACGCCGACAUUACAACGACAGGGCUAAAGCCAGAGUCUAUUCUUGAUAUUUAAUGCAUUCACAGCGGGCAAAGUGGAUGCUAGAAGAGUAGAUCGCUGACCAGUGGCAUCAGCUGUACUAGGCUGGCGAGCCCCGGUGUUUUUAGAGGGUGAUUGAUCGGAUCAUGUCACGGAGAGCCAACUCCACCCGUCCCGUU